AUGGAGUUGUCAUGCCAGAAGUUAAUUGAAGAGUUGACUGAAGAGAUAGUGUGGCAAUGGAAACUCUCCUCCUUGGCAGAAUAUGACUUCUUUUCUGUGAUUGUUGACUGCAAUGGAGUUGUCAUGCCAGAAGUAGUGGUCUCGUGGCAAUGGACACCCGCCUCUUUGGCUGAAAUAAAUGUUGUGUGGUUGAUGGGGUAA